AUGGCUUGGGUCUUGAGUGCCAUUUUCAAGAGCGAAACCAACGUAGACGACUCUGCUGAAGACGAAGAAGACACGAGGCUGGAUUACAACGAGGAGUUCAUUGAGAAAACUGCAGCGACGAGGAAGAAAAAGCGCACAAUUGCGUUCAAGCCACUGGACCCGGAGGCUUUGGAGUUGGUCAAGAAGGAACGACUCAAAGAAAAGAUGCUGUGGGCAGUGCUGAAAGAAGUAUUAUUCUACACCCUGUAUCUCAGCACUCUGUACAUCAUCUCUGUGAGCAACAGAGAUCCCAGCGCUUACUUGAUGAAAGACCAUCUAGUGGCAACUCUAAUCAGACCUGGGAGACAAGAUUAUGCUGCUGAUCAGUCACCAUUGAUCUUCGAAAUUAUGCAGAUUCAAACGGAGAACGAUUUUUGGAAUUGGACUCAUAAUGUGGUAAUCCAAGAAACCCGGGCCCAAAACUGGUACAACGGAGACGCUGCUUAUGGCCUCAGGGGGUUUCUGAAUGACAGGAACAGUCGCAUGAUGGGGUACGCAAUUUUGCGACAAGUGAGGUCACAGCCGAACACCUGCGUAAUUCCUGUCGGUAUGCGGAAGCAAAACAUCACGAGUUGCGCGUAUUAUUCUGAAUACAUUCAUGAAGAACGUGGGGAUUUCUGCACGAAAUGGAGACGAAGGGCUUCGUACAUUCCGGAUGAGGAAUGCGGUUGGGACGAGUUCAGCUACAAGAAUUCUGCUGAGUUGAAAUCAUUCCCGAUUGUUGGCAAAUUGGAUGGGUACGGUGGAGGAGGAUAUGUUGUCAAAUUACAAGGCCGAGCUGAAGAGCUGUCAGAGAAGCUGAAGGAUCUGCAGCAAGCUGAAUGGACUGAUCACCUCACGAGAGCCAUUUUCUUGGAAUUUUCGAUUUACAACGCAAACGGACCACCGCCAGUUUUGCCUUCGUGGCGCUUUGACGGGAUCCGCCUGCUGCAGUACCACACAACCGGAGGUUUUGUUGUCAUACUUGCAGAAGCCCUGUUCUGCAUUUUUACCAUUUACUUCACCGUGGUUCUGCUUCGUGGGAUAUGCAAAGGGAAAAUGGCCUACCUAAGGUUGUACUGGACUAUGUGGGAAUGCAUUCAGAUUACACUGUCUUACGCUGCAAUUGGCCUCUACGUGUACCGAUACAUGUUAACUCAGGAUGUCUUAGAGGUGUUUGAAAAGACCUACGGCAAUGGGUACAUAAGAAUGCAACGCGUUGGAUUGAUUGACGAGUCCUUGGGAUAUGUCAUUGGUAUCCUCGUCUUCAUGGGGACCAUAACUUACCUCAAGCUGUUGAGGACACAUUUGCAAGUCACCCAAGCAGCUUUACCUCCUGUCACAGCUGCCACUUGGGAUGAGACUGUGGUGGCUGCUGUGGAUGAAAAUGGCGGAGUUGCCUUGGAAGACCUGGAGACAACCCUUGGAAUAAUCGGUACGACAAAUACUGUGAAGCCAAAUGCCCAAGUGGAAAUAAAUCCAGUGAACCCCCAGUCAUCUGAAGAAGACAGGAAAAACGUGGGAGAUUUCUCAGGAAAAGUGGACAAAAUGCUGGAUCACAUCAACACUAUCUAUUUCAAUGGAGAAAUCGAUAUUCACAACAAAUCGUGGCUCAAGAAAAUGGCGUCCAAGCAAGCAAAAUGAAACUAAGAAAUGAAUCAACUGAAGCAUGUUCAUUGGAAAUGGGAAUAAAAUGGCAUUGAAAAAUC